AGCAAGGCCAAGGUCUCUCUCUGUCUCUCUGUGUCCCUCUCCCCCUCAGAGUAGAACUUACGAUGGUUUAUGAAACAAACAGUGAUGUUCCCGUGACAUUCCCAGUGAUUGAUAUCAGCCUUCUGUCCUCAGAAGAUGAACUUCAGAAACUCAGAUCAAUUCUCAGCUCUUGUGGAUGCUUCCAGGCCACUGGACACGGAAUAUCAGUUGAAUGUCUUGACAAAAUGCGUGAAGUUGCUCGACAGUUCUUUGCAUUGCCAGUUGAAGAGAAACAGAAAUAUUCACGAUCUCCAAAUGAGGCUUAUGGUUAUGGAGAUGACUUGGUUGUAUCUGAUAACCAAGUCGAAACCUGUUGCUACCGCUUGUUACUUAGAGUAUUUCCCGAAGAUCAAAGGAGGAUGAAUUUUUGGCCUGAAAAUCCUGCCGAUUUUGGUAAAACCUUGCAUGAGUAUGCACUCAAGAUAAGAUCAGUGAUGAAUGAUCUUUCUAAGGCGAUGGCCAGGUCACUUGAGUUAGAAGAGAACAGCUUCUUGAACCAGUUUGGAGACCAGCCAGUAUUGGAAACAAGGAUCAACUUCUACCCGCCGUGCUCCAGGGCUGAAGUUCUGGGCGUCAAACCUCAUUUAGACAGAUCCACAAUCACAAUUCUUUUGCAGGACAAAGAAGUGGAAGGCCUCCAAGUCCUGACAGAUGGCGAGUGGCACACAGUUCCCGUUAUUCCCCACGCUCUCGUCAUCAAUCUGGGCGGUCUGAUGCAGGUAAUGACAAAUGGAAUGUUCAAGAGCCCCUUGCACAGGGUAUUGACAAACGGGAACAAGUUGAGAAUGUCGGUCGCUAUGCUUGAUGAGCCAGAAGCAGAGAAAGAGAUCGGACCGCUCGAUCAAUUAGUCCACCACAGUAGCCCAAGGUUGUAUAGAAAUGUCAGGAACUUUGCUGCUUUCAACUACGAGUGCUUCCAGAAAGGAAAGAAUUCGCUCGAGGAACUGAAAAUUUGACUUAUUCCAGAAUUUGCUGUAUAGGACGCAUGUUGGUGUCCAUGGCAUGAAAUUGAGUGCUAGUUUUAUACCCUAAAUAAGUGAAAGGAGUGCGAAAUGUGUACGCAAGAAACUCAGUAUGGUUGUGGUUUUCAAGU